CCCUUUCCGGAAGCUCGGGGCAGAGCAGAGCUUGCCCUUCUCCACGUGGGUCGCCGGCUGCCCGCUCCUCUCCUCCGAAAGACCCUGCGGGGGGCUCGGCGUCGGACCCUAGCUCCUGCCCGGCAUGAACCGCUACCUCCUGCCGCUGUCCGUGCUGGGCACGGCGGUGGGUGGCGCGGUGCUGCUCCGAGACUACGUUGCAGGCGGGGCCUGUCCCAGCAAGGCCACCAUUCUCGGGAAGACCGUCAUUGUGACUGGCGCCAACACGGGCAUCGGGAAGCAGACAGCCAUGGAGCUGGCCAGGAGAGGAGGCAACGUCAUUCUGGCCUGUCGAGAUAUGGAGAAGUGUGAGGCGGCGGCAAAGGACAUUCGCGGGGAGACCCUUAAUCACCGCGUCAGGGCCCGGCACUUGGACUUGGCCUCCCUCAAGUCCAUCCGAGAGUUUGCCGCGAAGAUCACUGAAGAGGAGAAGCAGGUGCACGUUCUGGUCAACAAUGCAGCCGUGAUGCGGUGCCCGCACUGGACCACGGAGGACGGCUUCGAGAUGCAGUUUGGCGUUAACUACUUGGGUCACUUUCUCUUGACAAACUUGCUGCUGGAUAGACUGAAAGCCUCAGCCCCUUCACGGAUCAUCAACCUCUCGUCCUUGGCCCACAUCGCAGGACACGUAGACUUUGACGACUUGAACUGGGAGAAGAGGAAGUAUGACACCAGAGCGGCUUAUUGCCAGAGUAAGCUGGCCAUCAUCCUCUUUACCAAGGAGCUGAGCCGGCGGCUGCAGGGCACGGGUGUGACUGUCAACGCUGUGCACCCCGGUGUGGCCAGGACCAAGCUGGGCAGGCACACGGGCAUGCAUAGCUCCGCCUUCUCCAGCUUCACGCUCGGGCCCGUCUUCUGGUUGCUGGUCAAGAGCCCCGAGCUGGCAGCCCAGCCCAGCACGUACCUGGCUGUGGCGGAGGAACUGGAGGGUGUUUCUGGGAAGUACUUCGACGGACUCAAAGAGAAGGCUCCCGCCCCUGAAGCUGAGGAUGAGGAGACAGCACAGAGACUUUGGGCUGAAAGUGCCCGCCUGGUGGGCUUGGAGGUGCCCCGUGCUUCCUCUGUGAGGGGGCAGCCCCUCCCCAAGUAGCCUCGUGGAGCCUGUGGAAACUACGCGGGAGGCUGAGUACCAGGAUGGAGCAGCAGGACCAGCCAAGGCUGGCCGCUCUGUCUGCAGCACCCUCUGGGUGCCGGCGCUGGCUGGGUGAGCCCCGGGGCCGCUGCUGUCAUGCUCUCAGCCCCCUCUAGGUGGCAGUGUUGGCCAAGGAACGCUGACGUCCCUGCCCAUGUCACCGUCCGGAUGGCAGUGCCGGUGGCCUGAGCCUCAAGGCCGCUGCGCUCAUGCCUUGCAGCACCUUCUGGGCGGCAGUACUGGCCACGGAACGCUGACCGCCAUGCCUAGUCACCCUCUAAGUGGCGCUGUUGGCUGCUUGAGCUCGAGACCGCUGCUGUCGUACCCCCAGCACCCUCUAGGCGGCAGUGUUGCUUGAGGAAUGCUUACCGCCGUGCCCACGUCACCUCUCCUGGCACUUUUGGCUGUGUGAGCCUGGAGACCACCGCUGUCACGCUGGUACUGCCCUCAAGGUGGCAGUGCCCGGGGAACGCUGGCUGCCAUGUCCACACCACCCUGUAGGGGUCACUAGCGGCCCUUUUCUCUUCUCAGGCGCAGUGGACGGGACUGCAGAUGUGCACCUGGCACAGUGGCCAGCUGGUGCGGCGCGCCCUGUAGCCCGCAGGGGCGUGGGGCCUUCAGACACCUGCCUUGAGUGGGUAACUGGGAACUGCAGUGGGAGGCGUCUGCUCCGUCUGCCGUGGCCAUGUCAGGAGAGCCAGUGGUGGCCACUGUGCAGAACCGUAUGACCGCUGGGGAGGGUGUCGGACAGCCACGGUCAAGUUCGUGGCUCCCUGUGGGACCUCGGGCGCGUCUCUGAACCGCGGUUUCUCCCCCGGCGCAUGUGCAGAACAACCUGACCACCUCGCCGGAGCGAGUGUUGAUGACAGUUCUCGCCUGGCUGGGGGAAUGGAGCCGUUCGCUGCUGAAUGUUCCCUUGCACGUGCCGUACCCUGGCCGAGCCGCCGGGGACAGCCCUGAGGACAGGCCUUGUGACGCCAGUCCUGCUCGGGACAGCGAGAGCGGAAGACCCACCAGCUGCGUGGCUUCGGUGACAGAAUCCAGGCUGGCACUCCGCCCCCGCACAAAAUUGGAGGAGGGGACGCACCAGAAAGUUCAGUAAUCAGUAUACACAUAUUUUAACAAAUUGUAACAUUUGAGAUACUUGUGGAGGCCAGGGAUGCUGCUCCACACCCUUCGCUACCCAGAACAGCGGCCCAUGCCCGGCUGCAAAUGCCGAUGGUGCCGAGGGAGGGGAGUGCUGAGGGCGGAAUUAGACGGCUCAGGGCUGUGUAAAUACGGUUCAUUUUCUUUGAUGAACGCACUCGGGUAGGCACCUUCCAGCAUGGACCCCAGAGGUCCCCACCUGCCCCUGUCCACACCCUCCAGCUACUCACUUCUAGGGUGGAGAACAGAGUAAAGCUGGCGGAAUGUCCGGUUCUGGGGUUUGGUUGCUGACGGGCGUCUACCGAGAGCAGGUGCUUGCUGGCUCUCGCCCUGCCUCCCUGCAACGGAGCCAUGAGCCGCCAGGAGCUGGACAGCCAGAGAGGAACUGAGGCCUCCGUCCAGCAGUGUAGGAGAAGGUGUGAGUGCCAGGAGGUGGAAUCCCGGGAGGGCACCCCGGGAGCCCGUCCACCCCAGGGAUACAUAACACACCACACAUGCGUCAUGCGUACACAGAUCACACGCAUGUGCAUAACCUUAUAGAACAUGCGCAUUUCUUACUGCGGCAUUGGAGAAACCAAGCUUGAGGAAUCCUUCUACCGGUAGUACCAUAGUCGGAGGGUAACCUGGAAACCCCUGGUUCUCUAAACACAGGUACAGGAUUCGCCUGGAUGUGAAGGUAUUUGCUAACCUAGCCGAAAUACAAUGAUCAAGGUCAAGAAAACAAUCAUGGUACUAAUAUCUGAUACUGAUCUAUAGACACUGGGAUUUUUUCAGUGACAACAUCUUUUAUAGCAAAAACACUAACAAAAUUCUUCUCUGACCCAGGAUCCAAUCCAGAAUCUACGUUCUGCUAGUUGGCACAUCUCCUUAACCGGCUUUGGACAGAAACGGUCUUUCUCUCUCAUUAGCUGGGCCCUUCUGAGAGGUCCUGGCCAGGAAUUUCAUAGAAAGUGCUCCAGUCAGGGUUGUCUGUGAUUUCCUCAUCAUUAAACUCAGGCUAUGUGUUGUCAGGAGGAAUACCACAGGAGCAAUGCUGUCUUCUUCGUGGUGCCUUCCAUCAGGAGACAGAUGUUGUCUUUGCCCCAUCAUCAGUGCCGUUGUGAUGACACCUUCCAACUGGCAGAGACACAUGGCCAAAGGGCCCAGAGCCCUGCUGCCUGGACACCCCCCUCCCUGCACCUCCACAUGCGCACCAGCCCAGGAGCUCCUGCAUGGACAUCCUGCUCCCGUUGUCUACAGUUUGGUGGGUCUCUCAGUCAGGGUCCCUUGUCUUUGCAAAUCUGGUGAGCGGGCCGUGGAUGGGAUUCGAGCAAGACCAACCAGACCCUCUCCUUGAAUUUGGAUCUUGAUGAGGCUGACACCAAGACCAGUCGUGUGUUCCAGAGAUGUCUGUCGGCUCCUGGUCCCCGCACCCUGGCUGUGGUCUAUCUGACCAUAAACUGGGGGGCUUGAAUGAUAGGCACUUACUCUCUAAGAGUUCCGGACGUCCGAAGUCCAGAAUGGGUCUUGGGGUCAACAUCAAGGUGUCAGCCGGAGCUGUGUUCCUUCCAGAGGCUCAAGGGGAGAAUUUGCUUCCUGCCUUGUCCAGCGUCUAGGCGGCCCCCACAUUCCUCACCUCCUGACCCUUCCUCUGUCCUCAGGGCCAGCUGUGGUGGCCACGUCCUCACACUGCCGUCUUUCUGGCUCUCCUUCUGCCCUCCUUUUAAGGAAGAUCCCCAGGUGAUUCAGGAUCACCUCUGUCCUUUAUGUCAGCUAGUAAGCAACCGAAUUCCAUCUGCCACCUUAACCCUUCAUUGCCAUGCAAAGUAAUGGUUUCUGGGGAUGAGGGUAUGGACUCUCUGGGCAGCCAGUGUUCUGCCUGCUAUACCGUCCUCUUCAAAACCGGCUUCUUUAGCUUUUCUCAGGGCUGUGAGCUUCCUGGGACACUUCCUCAAUUCCCUUCUGCUUUUAAGCAGAACCCACAUCACAGGUGUCACUUUUAAGCAAGUCAAGUGAAGGGGCACCUGGGUGGCUCAGUGGGUUAAGCCGCUGCCUUCGGCUCAGGUCAUGAUCCCAGGUCCUGGGUUCGAGCCCC